UACAGGACUAUCUGUUUUUCCUCUGAGUGCAAAAUCCAUUGCACAGUUUGAAGAAUUUUUAGUUUUGAUCUGACUUCCACCAACAUGUCAGGAGAUUCUCUGGUGUCUGGCUCCUUUGUGAUAGCAGACUAUUUGGUGUUUGCUUUCAUGCUCAUGGUGUCCGCUGCAGUUGGGGUCUACUAUGCCUGGGCCGACAGGGGUCAGAGAAACUCGGGAGACUUCCUAAUGGGGGGUCGAAGACUGACAGCCCUGCCUGUCUCUCUGUCACUGACCGCCAGCUUUAUGUCAGCCAUCACAGUGCUGUCCAAUCCAGCCGAGGUAUACCGUUAUGGAGCCAGUAUUGGAUUUUACAGUCUUUCCUAUGUAUUGACAAUGUUGGUCACAUCUGAGGUCUUUCUUCCAGUAUUUUACAGGCUGGCAAUCACCAGCACAUAUGAGUAUCUGGAGCUGCGUUUCAACAGAGCAACACGUCUGGUGGGAACUGUGCUCUUCAUUGUACAGACAAUCCUCUACACUGGAAUCGUCAUCUAUGCCCCAGCUCUAGCUUUAAACCAAGUAACUGGUAUGGAUCUAUGGGGUGCAGUUAUUUCCACAGGCGUGGUCUGUACCUUUUACUGUACAAUGGGUGGUUUGAAGGCAGUGGUGUGGACAGAUGUGUUUCAGCUUGGUGUCAUGCUUGCAGGCUUCCUGUCUGUCAUCAUCAGAUCUGUGGUCUUACAAGGUGGAGUCUUACCAAUUAUUUCUGAUUCACAACAAGGAGGCAGACUCAACAUUUGGGACUUUGACACAAACCCUCUGAGAAGACACACUUUUUGGACCGUAACCAUCGGAGGGACAUUUGUCUGGGUCAGUAUCUAUGGGAUCAACCAGGCCCAGGUUCAGAGAUACAUCGCCUGCAAGAGCAUCACUCAUGCAAGACUAUCUCUGUACAUCAACCUGUUAGGCCUGUUGUCCAUCUUACUGUGCUCAGUGUUCGCAGGAAUGUGUCUCUUCUCAGUUUAUAAGAACUGUGACCCGUGGACCGCUGGACUGGUUUCUGCUCCUGAUCAGUUGAUGCCAUAUUUGGUGAUGGACAUCUUAAAGGACUAUCCUGGCGUUCCUGGACUUUUUGUUGCAGCUGCAUAUAGUGGAUCUUUAAGCACAGUGUCUUCCAGCAUCAAUGCACUGGCAGCAGUGACAGUGGAGGACCUGAUCAAACCGUACACAAACAUGUCUGAGAUACACCUGUCCUGGACCUCAAAAGGACUGAGUCUCAUAUAUGGGGUUUUAUGUAUUGGAAUGGCUGGACUGGCUUCACUCAUGGGAGGCAUCCUGCAGGCAGCUGUCAGUAUAUUUGGAGUCAUUGGAGGUCCUUUACUUGGCCUGUUCACACUGGGUAUCCUCUGCCCGUUUGCCAACAGCAAAGGAGCGUUGUCAGGCCUUGUGUCAGGGUUGGUUGUGUCACUCUGGGUGGGCAUCGGAGCCCAGAUAUACCCUCCCCCUCCUGCAAUGAUCAGACCUCUGUCACUGGCCACUGAGGGCUGUAACUUCACUACUACAGAAAGCCUAAACUGGACCUCCACUGCUCUGUCAACACAGCCAACCUCCAUCACCACAGGCCCAGUACAGAGCAUUGAUGUCAAGCCUCUGCUGGCAGAUAACUGGUACUCUCUUUCCUACCUUUACUUCAGUCCUAUUGGAACAAUAAUAGCGAUCAGUGUGGGACUAUUAGUCAGCCUGUUUACAGGAGGCUGGAAGCUGAAGGUGGAGUCAAGGCUUACGUUAAUGAAAGAAGACACAGCUCUUUAUCACCUCGUCAAAUUUUUCAAAGACAGAGUCAUGAGACGAACAGGAAAGCUUGACCUGACAAGGGACAGAGAGAAGAAAUUUGGCAGCACUAACCCCGCUUUCUGCGACAUAGAGCUGGACAUAACGAAAAGCAGUAUUCCCUCAUGAAAUUUAACUGUUGUGUCUAAUGUUUGUAAUAUAAUUUCUGGAUUAAAUCAA